UAUUCUCUUACAAAUAUGGUACCUUCUACGAGACCCUUCUCAACCUCCGCCUCACUAUUCUUCCCGCACUCUACCCCGAAAUUCCACAAUCUUUUCAGCUCAACUGCCGCAUUCCGAAUGGGCACCAAACCCUUCUCCUCCCAAAAUCCAUCUCACUUGCCAUCGGAAACUAACAGAAUCCCCGCGGCUGAAGCUGCCGUCAGCCUUCAGGAAUGGCAAGGUUGGGGGACCGUUUCCCCUGUUCCCUCCAUGGUUACUCAAGUCAUUCGAGAUUUGAAGCUUUUGGAAAAAACCCUCGAUGCGAGGAUGACGUUCGACGGGAACCACGGCACUCUAUCGGGAGAAUUCAAGGUGCACGAGGACAAGAAGCAUAGGGCCAAAUACAAAUCUUUAGGUAGUUCUGAAGAAAAAAUCCAAUUCUUCUCAGCUCGACAAAUAGCUUGCCGGUUACUUGGAAGCAGAGGUUAUCUUUGCCAGAAGUGCUGGCUUCCACAAGAAGAUUGCAUGUGCUCAAGCAUUGCAAGGUGCUCUCUUUGCCAUCAAGUUCAUUUCUGGUUGUAUAUGCAUCCGAAGGAUUUUCUGAGACAGAACAAUACCGGGAAGUUACUGUGGCAAGUUUUUGGAAUACAAGCUGCAACUUUGUGUCUCUUUGGAAUAAUUGAGCAUGAGGAAAUGAUGUGGGAAGUAUUGAAGCAUGCAGGGAGACAUAGGGUGUGUUGCCUUUAUCCAAAUAAGAAUGCUAUGACCAAAUCUGUUGAGGAAAGCUUCAAAUUCACCAUCGAUCAUGAAACCCAAGCAGCAACCAAAAGUAACUCCAUGCAUUUUAUUUUGAUUGAUGGUACUUGGAGCAAUUCAGGUGCCAUGUUCAGGCGCUUGCAGGAUAGAGCUAAAUUAGUGUGGGGAGAUGAACUUCAGUGCGUAUCCCUAAACUCAGGUGCAUCAGCAAUGCAUAAGCUAAGACCUCAACCAUCAUGGGACCGCACGUGUACAGCAGCUGCCGCAGCAAGCCUCCUUGAUGAACUCCAACUUCUCCCAGAUUUCAGCUCUUGCGGAUUGGACAAACAGGCCACUGCUGUUGAAAAUGCUCUGGAGGUUCUGCUGGAAGCCCUCACGGCACGGAGGCUCCGAAUGGGCAGGUCCAUCUCCCGUCGGGAAAGACAUAACCGUGAUAUUUGCUAAUGAACAAGCCGUGCCAUCUGCCUAUGAUUGGUAAGCAUUCAUUCGGAUGUGGUUAGAUCUUUAGGGAUUGCUCAGCUGACUGUACAUUGAACACGAAGAAGAAUUAAGCGACUUGUAUUCUGAUCAAAAAGAAGAAUUAAGCGACUUGUAUGUCUCGCUCUGAAUAGUGCGAAAACAGAUUGAACUUACCCAAUUUUGAGAGAAUGUACGAUGGAAGGUAGAGUUCCAUGUCA